UGUUGAAAACACGAAAUAUAAAAAUUGCUUGUCUUUUAUGUGACCACCAACACGUUUUGUUUCACAGUCUCAACGAUUGCCUCGAAACGAUCGCGCGCACAGCCCUGAUGUCAUUCGACAAUUGUAACGAUAUCGUCGAUUCUUUUUAUUCAAUCUCGUAGAAGUAAAUGCUGUUUGGUUAUCGUAUGCACAUGCAUCGACCGAAGAAAUGCUGCGAUUCACCGAUGUAACCAAACGCUCAUUAAAUCUUUCGUAUUUUAUUGUGAAGGUGCUUUUGAUCGUGCUACAGCUCUCUCAUUUAACAUUUGGUGAUGAAAUUCUAAGUCAAACGGAGAAACAGCGUUACGAUGGAUGGUUUAAUAACUUGGCGCAUCCAAAUUGGGGUUCAGUGGACAGUCAUUUGGUACGAAAAGCACCGGCAUCUUAUUCGGACGGUGUGUAUAUGAUGAAUGGAAAUGAUCGACCGUCACCAAGAUAUCUCAGUCAAUUGUUUAUGCGCGGUUCCGAUGGUCUUGCAUCGAAGACCAAUCGAACCGCUUUGUUUGCAUUCUUUGGUCAAGUUGUCACCAAUGAAAUUGUGAUGGCAUCCGAAUCCGGAUGUCCGAUUGAAGUGUUUAAAAUUGAUAUUGAAAAAUGUGAUGAAGCUUAUGAUACUGAAUGUAAAGGUGACAAAUAUAUUCCAUUCCAUCGUGCCGCCUAUGAUCGUGAGACGGGACAAAGUCCGAAUCAACCGCGUGAACAAUUGAAUCAGGUUACGUCAUGGAUAGAUGGUAGUUUUGUGUAUAGCACAUCUGAAACAUGGUUGAAUGCAAUGCGCUCAUUUGUCAAUGGGACAUUGCUCACUGAAAAAGGCGGCACAAUGCCUGUUCGGAAUACAAUGCGGGUACCUUUAUUCAAUAAUCCCAUCCCACACCAAAUGCGAAUGAAUGAUGCUCAACAAUUGUUUUUGCUUGGCGAUCCAAGAACAAAUCAAAAUCCGGCAUUGCUAUCGUUUGCGAUUGUGUUUUUGCGAUGGCACAAUGUAAUUGCACAACGAAUCAAAAUCCAACAUCCGUCAUGGAGUGAUGAAGAUAUUUUUCAACGAGCACGACGAAUUGUUGUUGCUUCAAUGCAAAAUAUUCUUUUGUACGAAUAUUUGCCGGCUCUUUUACAAACAAAAGUACCACCGUAUGAAGGCUACAAUCCUGAUAUGCAUCCGGGCAUCAGUCAUAUGUUUCAAGCGGCCGCAUUUCGAUUUGGUCAUACACUCAUUCCGCCUGGCAUUUAUAUGAGAGAUUCUGAAUGCAAUUAUCAUCUUACCUCAGCCGGCUAUCCGGCUUUGCGGUUGUGUUCGACUUGGUGGAACUCGAAUGAUGUUCUAACCGAAAUAAAAGUUGAAGACAUUCUAAUGGGAAUGUCAUCGCAGAUUUGCGAACGAGAAGAUUCACUACUCUGUACAGAUGUUCGUGAUAAAUUGUUUGGCCCGAUGGAAUUUUCGCGUCGUGAUUUAGGUUCGCUGAAUAUAAUGCGUGGCCGUGACAAUGGCCUACCCGACUACAAUUCGGCACGUUUGUCAUUUGGUUUACCGGCAAAAACUAGUUGGCAUGACAUUGCACCGAAAUUGUUCGAUGAAAGUCCGGGUCUAGAGAGAUCUUUGGCUGCCGCCUACGAUAAUCGGUUAGAUAAUAUUGAUGCAUACGUCGGUGGAAUGCUGGAAUCUGAUGGAAAACCAGGUGAAUUAUUUGAACGCGUAAUUAUGGAUCAAUUUCUACGAUUGCGUGAUGCUGAUCGAUUUUGGUUUGAAAAUGAACAAAAUGGGAUAUUCACGAAAGAAGAUAUUAUCGAAAUUCGAAAAAUCACACUUUGGGACAUAAUCGUAAACAGUACGUCAAUUCAUCCGGGCGAAGUUCAAAAAGACCUAUUCAUGUUUAAAGAAAAUGAUCCGUGUCCACAGCCAUUUCAAUUGAAUGCAUCGUCACUUGAGCCGUGCAAUAAUCUCGGUGGUCAUGAUUACUUUGAUGGUUCCGAAAUUGGUUUCACUUUUUCGUGUGUAUUUUUGGCAUUUGUUCCAAUUCUUUGCAUCUUGGCUGCUUACGGUGUUGUAAAGUAUCAAAAUGGUAAACGCCGAAAACUCAAAGUCAAACAAGAAGCACUCAGAUCGGCACACGGCAAGGCUUCAAUCGAUAAAAUGUUGGCACGUGAAUGGUUGCAUGCAAACUGUAAGAGAUUGGUCACUGUUAAAUUUGGACCCGAAACCACUAUUCACACCGUCGAUCGAAAAGGACAAAAGUUGAGAUCAUUUGAUUUGAAAAGUGUCGAUGGCAUCACCGUGGAAAGAACUGCGGAGAACAGUACGCGAAAGCACUCGUAUGUGCUAUUACGUCAACAAAACGAUCAUGAUUUGGUGCUGGAAUUUGAAUCGGUUUCAUCGCAAAAAAAGUUCCUAAAAAAAUUGGAAGAUUUUUUGUCGCUACACAAAAAAGAAAUGCAAAUAACGGAAAUCAACUCAGAGAUUAUGUUGCCAAAUGCGGAAACAAAAGAACGUCGCCAAAAGCGAUUGGAAUAUUUCUUCCGUGAAGCAUAUGCAUUGACCUUUGGAUUACGUCCUGGUGAACGUCGUCGCUAUUCGAAUGGCUCAAAUGAUUAUGAGGUGAUGACGGUGAUGCGAACGAGUUUGUCGAAAGGCGAAUUUGCGUCAGCUCUUGGUAUGAAGGGUGACGACAUGUUUGUACGUAGAAUGUUCAAUAUCGUGGACAAAGAUCAAGACGGACGUAUUUCCUUCCAAGAGUUCCUGGAAACGGUCGUACUAUUUUCGCGCGGCAAAACUGAAGAUAAAUUGCGUAUCAUUUUUGAUAUGUGUGACAAUGAUCGGAACGGGGUCAUUGAUAAAGAAGAACUAAGCGAAAUGAUGCGGUCACUUGUCGAGAUAGCCCGAACGGCCAGCAUAAAAGAUGAUCAAGUUAAACAAGUGAUUGACGGUAUGUUCCAAGAUGUUGGCUUGGAGCAUAAAAAUCAUUUAACCUAUCAGGAUUUCAAGUUAAUGAUGAAAGAAUAUAAAGGAGACUUUGUUGCGAUUGGUCUUGAUUGCAAAGGUGCCAAACAGAAUUUCCUCGAUACAUCAACAAAUGUCGCACGAAUGACAUCGUUCCACAUUGAACCAAGCGUAGAAACAUACCGUCAUUGGUUACUGUUGCGUUGGGAUGCAUACACAACAUUUGUCGAAGAGAAUCGCCAAAAUAUCUUCUAUUUAAUUGUAUUUUAUAUCGUUACGAUUUCGUUAUUUGUUGAACGUUUCAUUCACUAUUCAUUUAUGUCCGAGCAUACCGAUUUGCGGCACAUCAUGGGCGUUGGCAUUGCCAUCACCAGGGGGUCGGCUGCAUCAUUGUCAUUUUGCUAUUCGUUAUUACUAUUGACAAUGUCACGAAAUUUUCUCACUAAAUUGAAAGAAUUUCCGAUUCAACAGUUUAUACCGCUCGAUUCUCAUGUUCAAUUUCAUAAAAUUGUCGCAUGUACAGCAUUAUUCUUUUCACUGGUACAUACGGUUGGACAUUUAGUUAACUUUUACCAUGUUUCAACACAAUCGAUUGAGAAUUUACGAUGUUUAACACGUGAGGUACAUUUUACAUCGGAUUACAAACCGGAUAUUUCAUUUUGGCUAUUUCAAACUAUAACAGGUGUGACAGGAGUGCUUUUGUUCGUAAUAAUGUGUUUAAUAUUCAUAUUUGCGCAUCCGAUAAUUCGCAAGAAAGCGUACAAAUUCUUUUGGAAUAUUCAUUCGUUAUACGUGUUCCUCUACAUAUUGUGUAUGAUUCAUGGUCUGGCUCGUUUGACGGGUCCACCGCGUUUUUGGAUGUAUUUCAUUGGUCCGGCGAUAAUUUAUUCACUGGACAAAGCCGUUUCUUUGCGAACCAAAUACAUGGCACUGGAUGUAAUUCAAACCGAACUACUGCCAUCCGAUGUAAUCAAAAUAAAGUUUUACCGUCCACCAAAUUUGAAAUAUCUCUCUGGCCAAUGGGUGCGAUUAUCGUGCACCGCAUUCAGAACACAAGAAAUGCACAGUUUCACACUGACAUCGGCACCGCAUGAAAACUUCUUGAGUUGUCACAUCAAAGCACAAGGGCCAUGGACAUGGAAAUUACGAAAUUAUUUCGAUCCAUGCAACUACAAUCCCGAAGAACAGCCGAAAAUUCGUAUUGAGGGUCCAUUUGGUGGAGGAAAUCAAGAUUGGUAUAAAUUUGAAGUGGCUGUCAUGGUUGGCGGUGGCAUUGGCGUUACGCCGUACGCUUCGAUACUCAAUGAUUUGGUAUUUGGAACAAGUACAAAUCGAUAUUCAGGUGUUGCAUGUAAAAAAGUCUACUUUUUAUGGAUUUGCCCGUCACACAAGCAUUUCGAGUGGUUCAUUGAUGUAUUGCGCGACGUGGAGAAGAAAGAUGUGACCAAUGUUUUGGAAAUACACAUUUUCAUUACGCAGUUUUUCCAUAAAUUUGAUUUACGCACAACAAUGUUGUACAUUUGUGAGAAUCAUUUUCAACGCUUGUCGAAAACGUCCAUGUUUACAGGACUGAAGGCUGUUAAUCAUUUUGGACGACCGGAUAUGUCGAGCUUCUUGAAAUUCGUCCAACGAAAACAUUCAUAUGUAUCAAAAAUUGGCGUGUUUUCAUGUGGACCACGACCACUAACAAAGAGCAUCAUGUCUGCCUGUGAUGAGGUUAACAAAGGCCGAAAGUUACCGUAUUUUAUUCAUCAUUUCGAAAACUUUGGCUAAACAACUCGCAACUAUGUAUAACUUGGCGCACAAGUCGCCAGUGGUUUUAAAUUUGUUCUUUUGUAAAUAACAAAACUAAAAAAAAAACAAUUGUCAAAACCGAUUCCAUUGAAUUAGUUUAUUUUUUAUACCAAUUUAUUUAUAUUGUAAACUCUUUUUGUCUAUAGAUAGAUUAAAAAAGCCUCAAAACUAUCAAUCAGUAA